CCAGCCGGCACCAAGCAGCAUCAGUGGGAUGCAGAGUUGAGGAAGGAGAUUUCCUCUGUGUGGGCCAAUCUGCCCCAGAAGACCCUGGAUUUACUGGUGCCACCCCAUAAACCCGAUGAGAUGACCGUAGGAAAGGUGUACGCAGCUCUGAUGAUACUUGAAUUCCACAAACAGAACAAGACCCCCAGAGCCCAGAUUCACCAGGCCACGGGAAGCCUGUCCCAGAUGGGCCCUGUGUCCCUGUUCCACCCUCUGAAGGCCACGCUGGAGCAGACACAGCCGGCUGUGCUCCGAGGAGCCCGGGUUUUCCUUCGGCAGAAGAGCUCUGCGUCCCUCAGCAACGGCGGGGCCGUACAAACCCAGGAGAGUGGCAUCAAGGAGUCUGUUUCCUGGGGUACUCAGAGGACCCAGGAGGUACCCUAUGAGGCUGUGGACGUCCAGAUGCAGAGCAUGGCCCUGAGAGGUCCUGACGGGGAGCCCCAACCCGGACUGGAGAACCAGGGACGCGCGGCCUCCAUGCCUCGCCCGGCUGCAGAGACUCAGCCGGCCCCCAACGCCAGCCCCAUGAAGCGCUCCACCUCCACACUGGCGCCCCAGCGUCCCCACGUGGCUCAUCUCUGCAGCGCUGCCCUGGACCGUGCCCCAGCCAGCCAGGCUGCGCCCCAUCACCACCACUGCUGCCAUCACCGCAGGGACAGAAAGCAGAAAUCCUUGGAGAAGGGGCCCAGCCUGUCCGCAGACACAGAUGGCGCACCCGGCAGUGCUGCAGGGCCAGGCCCACCCCCGGGAGAGGGGCCCACAGGCUGCCGGAGGGAGCGCAGACAGGAGCGGGGCUGGUCCCAAGAGCGGAGGCAGCCCUCUUCCUCUUCCUCGGAGAAGCAGCGUUUCUACUCCUGUGACCAUCGGGAGCCCUCACAGCCCAAACCCUCCCUCAGCAGCCACCCCACGUCAACAACAGCUGGGCAGGAGCCAGGACCCCCGAGACCGGGUGGUGGUUCAGUGAAUGGGGGCCCCUUGUUGUCAACAUCCGGGGCUAGCACCCCUGGCCAUGGUGGGCAGAGGCAGCUCCCCCAGACUCCGCUGACCCCCCGUCCCAGUGUCACCUACAAGAUGGCCAACUCUUCGCCUGUCCACUUUGCUGGGGCACAGACCAGCCUCCCCACCUUUUCCCCGGGCCGGCUUAGCCGUGGCCUUUCCGAACACAACGCUCUGCACCAGAGAGACCCCCUCAGCCAGCCCCUGGCCGCCGGCUCUAGGAUCGGCUCUGACCCUUACUUGGGGCAGUGUCUGGACAGUGAGGACACUGUCCGCACCCAGCCCGAGGAGACGCUUACCUUCGAGGAGGCUGUGGCCACCAACUCAGGCCGCUCCUCCCGGACUUCCUAUGUGUCCUCCCUGACCUCCCAGUCGCACCCCCUCCGCCGCAUGCCCAACGGCUACCACUGCACUCUGGGGCUCAGCUCGGGCGGCCGGGUUCUGCAUAGCUACCACCACCCCGACCAAGACCACUGGUGCGAGCCGCACCUCCGCCGCACGCCUCCUCAACGACCCUACACGGGAAGUCGCUGCAUGUGCUGA